UAAAGUGUUUUUAAAAGCAGAGAUACACAAAGAGUUUGAGACAAAAUUAAAAAAAAAAUCGACAUUUCAUAUAAAAACUCUAAAGAAAUGUGCACGUUAGAAAUAGAAGUAAUGGUAAAUGUAGAUAUUGAGACCCCUCAUGACUAUCACCGCCGCUGUAAAGAAGUCCGAGCAGGUAAGUUUCUCUACAUUAACCCUUUCGUAUGAAAAACACUGAAUGAAUGUGUUUAAGGUCUUAACGAUUUAACUAUGCUGUAAUUUUGAAAAACCCCUUUAAAGUCACUGUUGGCCGUAGAAGACUUUCUCACGUUAGUAAAAGGCAAAUUAAAGUUACUUUGUGCUGCCAUUAGAUGGCGUGAUUUACAUGUGACGGACUAGUACGAGAGCCCUGUUCUGUGGAGCAAAGGGACGACAACUAUGUAAGAUCACGACAUGCGUUUUAUAAGACCUGUACUAUAAUUUUGUGAUGUGAAACCUAUUUGCAUGUUUCUCUCUCAUAGACACAGGUCAGGGGGAUAUCCUUUCCCACCCUUCCCUUUUCCGCAAACAUCCCAGUUUCUUCUGUUACGCAAUAAGCAGUCCUUGAAUGUCCGAUUCGCUGUACGCUGAUAAACCUCAUCUCAUUGGUGCUGUCUCACUUAUCCUUCAUUGGCGCUUGAUGUUUACGUUCAUCCAGCAUCUUUAUAUUCUUACAUUAAGUUCCGUAAACACUGCCCCCUCCUUCGGAGUGACGUCAUGGCCGUAGCCCGCUAUUCGUGUAACUUUUCAAACACGUUCUCGCGCUGCAGCUCGAGCUCUCAGUCUCAACGGAAAAGUGUCUGCGUGUGAUUCACCUCCAAGAGUAAAGUGGAUACUAAAGCGUGGCAGUGGGGUUUAAUUCAGCGACACGGACAAGAUAUUUAAACAAACAUUCUUAUUGUCUUUUCGCCUCGGUCUGGGCGGUUUUAAGGAACUGCUAACCUUACGGGAUAUUUUUGGGACGGAGUGGUCGGUGAACAGACUACAAGAGAAGUACUUUCAAGGAUGUAAGGCGAACAACAAAAUGUGAAUUUACAGUGGAAAUAACUACAGAAGCGGACCAGCACGGCACCUCAGUCUGAAUGGCAGUGUUGAAUUUUACGCCGGAGCUCGGGUGACCUACAGGCUAAUCUUUUAACGGUUGUUUUUACGGAUAAUGUUGCUAACACAGACAUAAACUCGUUAAUGAACGGUCUAUACGGUAGUACGUGACUUGGAGCUGUAUAUUGUAGAGUCAUCCGUUUCUGAACAAGAGACAUUUUUUUCCAGCUGUGAGAAAAUGAUCUCGGAAGAAAGAAGCAACCAGUUAAGCAAACAAACCCUCGGUUUUCCCGUCGGAUUAUUAAUCCGGUCACCGAAAAAAAGCCUUGCGAAGCUGGGGAGAAAACCCAGCAAUGGAUCUCUACAGUCCAGUGCAUCUGAUAUCACCACCCGAUCCAUGGAGAGCACUGGCGUCAGGCAGCCAGCCAAAAGCAAGAUCCGCCGCCACAACAAUAGGUUGGCCACUGUGUUUAACCGGAGUCCUCUCUUGCGGGACAGCAGACCGGGCCAGGGGGGCAGGCACCUGUCAGGAGACCUGCAGGUAGCUGACGAUCCCUCUGAACUGUCCAGCCAGCUCUCUGCUCCGGGGAUCCUAAAAAUAUUCGGCAGUGACAUCUGCCAAGGGGCCAAUUAUAAGAGUGUGCUGGCUACAACUAGGUCCAGUGCGAAGGAGCUGGUUAAGGAGGCUCUGGAGAGAUACUGCCUAGAAAAGGAAGAUCCAGAGGCGUAUGUGCUCUGUGAUGUGAUUGGCCAGACAGGAGUGGACCACCAGUGGAAGACAGAGUGCCUUCGGGUUGUUGGCGACAAUGAGAAGCCCCUUAUGCUUCAGUCACUUUGGAAACCCAAAGAAGGAUUUUCUAGACGCUUUGAGAUUCAGAAAAGAACUAGUGUUGAAGAACGUAGUGGCAAAGACAGAGACACAAUCACUGCAGGCCUCAAUGCCCAGGUCCGAAAACUGCAGAAAGUGCGUUCACGGGUCACCUCACUCUUUGUGGACGGGAGCGAUGGGGAGAUAGACAGCCUUGGCAUGUGGAGGAGCCUGAGUGACAUGGACGUCUCUGCCAUGGGUAAAGAAGCCUGCAAGGUUCAUAAAGCAGGGGCACUGCAGGAGGACCCGGAGGCUGAGGCUGAUGCAGAGGGCCACUGUCUCAGCACAGAGAAAGAAGAGACGGAGAGCAGUGACGACAACACAACACAGUACUCCAUCCACCCGCCCUUCGAUUUUCCCUACUUCCUUCUUCUGCAGGGCUACAGCCACAGACAAGACUUUGUGAUCUAUCUAAUGAGCGGGAACAGCUGCGUGUUUGGCUGCUACGGCGAAGACAGUGAGGAUAUGGAGCGGUUGAAAGUGGAUGUGCUGCUUUAUGCACCUGACGUGCUACCCCAGCACUGCUGUGUGCGACGCCUGGAUGCUCCCAGCCCCCCAUCAGAGGGCAACAGAAGGACUCUUACCCUACUGCAGCCUCUCCACGGAGCCCCCGUCACACGCAAUGGUGUUCCAUUAAAGAGUGAGGCUGAGCUUUUCUCAGGGGACCUGGUGGGCCUGGGCCAGCACUACCUCUUCAUGUUCAAGGACCCCACUGCCCCUGAUGCCCAGCAUAUGCCCUCUUGGAUGACCACACUGUGUGCCCCAGCUGAAGCCUCACCCUGUAAAAGCUGUGGUUCCUCUUUAAGAAAGCCCAAAACCCACAGAAAAGUAGCAGCGCACUGGAGGGACAUGGAGGGCAGAGUGCUCUCACUUUCCUACCAACUGCAGCAAGAAGACCAGGUGCUGGAGAAGAUCCUCACCAUGGUGGACCCAAGAGGAGAGGAGCCCAAACUAAUUCCUGCCUUCUUGCUCUGUUUGUGCAUCCAGCAUUCAGCCGCCAGCUUUGAAAUGGUGCACUUUCGCAAGCUAUUACUGCGAAUUGCCAACCGGAUCCAGCUCACCAUGUGGGAGAACACAAAAGAGCUUGCAGCGCUUCAGCCAGACUCUGGCUCUGGGGACAGGCAACCAGCGCCAGAGGAGCUGCAUCUGCUGAGUAUGGCUGAACUGAUCCCAGGCCUGCAGCCGUUGGUGCUGUGGAUGGCCAACUCUAUUGAACUGCUGCACUUCGUCCAGCACGAGGUGCCCCUGCUUCUGCCCUGGACACAGCAGGAUGAGGCGGAUCAGGGCGAAGAAUUAAGUUCUCAGAUCUUGUCUACACGCACUGCCAGUGAGGAGGCCAUGACUGUUUUAGAGGAAGUCAUCAUGUUUACUUUCCAGCAGACUGUCUAUUACCUUACUAAAAGUUUGUAUGCAGUUCUGCCAGGGCUGCUGGACAGCAACCCUUUCUCUGAGAGUGGACAGCUGCGCAUGCCUAUGGGUGUCAGUGACAUCCUGGAUGUUCUGAAGGAGGCACUUCAACUACUUAACACCUUCCAGGUGCACACGGAGAUAUCCUCACAACUCUUGGCUUAUUUGUUCUUCUUCACCAAUGCAUCUCUCUUCAACAUACUCAUGGAAAGAGGUUCUGGAGGAGGGUUCUACCAGUGGUCCAGAGGAGUACAGAUUCGGGCCAACCUGGAUUUGCUGAUGGAUUGGACACAGAGCAUUGGACUGGGUGACCUGGCUGCUGAAUUCUUCCAGAAACUCUCAUCAGCGGUCAACCUGCUGGCCACUCCUAAGGAGACCUUACUACAGGCAUCCUGGCCAUCUCUUAGAGCUGAAUUCACACAUCUCAAUCCAGCACAGCUUCAUCACAUGCUGAGGGAGUACAACGCAGGCAGGGCCUGCCCCUCCUGCUGGACCCCCUCCCCCGAGGAAGCAGAAUCUGCUUUACAAACCUCUGAAAUCCUAGAGAGUUUUGAAAACCAUCCUCCGCUCAUCCUGCCCAACAAUACCUUUCACUUGGAGCUGGGGAAGCCUAUCACAGAACCUGGUUUCUUCUCCCAGCUUCAGCACCUGCAGGAGUUCAUCCACACCAUCUCCAUCAGCCAGAUGCAAAAUGAACUGCAACCUCUGCAGGACACCAGCAAUGACCUGAUGGAGGAUACACAGUCAGUAUCGUCUCCAUCCGGCACAGAACCAGAAUGCCAUAUCCCCAGUGUAACCCCUGACCCAACCAUUCAUUUUGCUUACGAAGCAGAAGAACAGCAAUGCUUGUCUGCAUCACCCUCUCAUGUCAGGGGGUCUCAUGGUGAUCUGAGCUCAUGUGAAGCAGUGUUGGCCCAGAAGCUGAAGAACCUGGAGCUCCAGAGUAACUUGCCAGGGGAAACAGACAUGGGCUAUCACAAGAGCCUGGCCUUGGACCCCUCCUGCUUGCUCACCCCACCCAACACACCCCAAGGCCUUGAACUGGCUGAGUUAGAGGCCAGCCUGCAGGAGGAGGCAACACAGCAAUCAGCCCGGCAGCACAAAAAAGUAGGGAAUGGUCUUGUGGCAGUUGCAGAUCAAAGGGACGAGAGAAAUGAAGAAGAGGAUGAUGAGGAUGAGCGAGAUGAAGUGUUCACUGUAGAGCUUUCAAAAGGACCACAUGGCCUUGGCUUGGCACUGGUGGAUGGACUGAAAACUCCUUUGAGGAUGAGUGGCAUCUAUGUAAAGUCAGUGGUACCAGACUCCCCUGCUGCCCAGUGCCAGAGGCUCAGGCUGGGUGAUCGCAUCCUUGCUGUAAACGGAGUCAGUCUUGUGGGUAUGGACUAUCAUACUGGUAGGGAGAUCAUCCGGACAUCAGGAGAUUCUCUCAGAUUGCUUGUGGCCAAAACCGAAGCAAGGAGCAGUGGCAGGACCUCCAUCACCAGAUGCUAAAGUAGCAGAAGACUGAAAAAGACUGCCUAGUGACAGCUGAGGGAUUCGUGCCAAACCAGCUACUCUAUCCAAUGAUUUUACUUAAUGCUGCUGGGAUGAAGUCCUCAGACAUUGGCACUGUGCUUACUUUUGGUUCUAAACCAAAGGAAAGAAUGCUCUCACUUUUUUCAAAAUCUUUUUUGAAGGUUUUUAUUGGGAGUCUGUCCAUUAAACAGUCAAAUCUACCAAAGAUUCUAUAUUAGUAUAUUAGUGUCGGUUUUCUCUGACAGACUGGACAGACUGGUUUCAUACCCCUUGUACACUUGUCUUUCCACUGCAGAAGCUCAGUCCCAUCUCCCUUGGAUUCAGAUGCGUAUACCAAAUACCAUUUAUACCAAUGUUUACUACAGUUUUUAUUUUAAUUCAAAAUUCAUCCAGCUGUCAUCUGCAUGAAAUGUUGCAUGUGGUUUGUUGCAAAGUAGCUGUGGUUAAGACUCCCCAGUCUUUGGCCUGUUUCAGCCUCAGCGUGGCGUGUAUUAGGAAAGAAAGGCGUGGCCAUUUUAGCCUUUAAAAGCUCAAACCCCAUACUUAACGCAUGCAGAACCUAUGCACCACAUAUUACAGUAAAUAUCAAGAAUUAUAACUUUAUAUUUUUUCUUAAAUAUAUAUAUAUAUAUAUAUAUAUUAUAUAUAUUAAUCAAAGUCUCAUUUAAACAGUGUUUUUAAAUGUUCUAGUAAGAACAGAGUAUUUCCAAUGAAUGUCCUAACUGGCGUCAUGAAUAUGUCCUCUUUUAUCUAUUUCACAGUUGGUAUUAUAGAGUCCUAAUGACCAUCACAUGAUACAAGCAUGUGUUUUCCCUCAAUGCCAGAGAAACAGUGUUAUGUCAGUGUCAAAUAUGUUCAGAGUAUUUUGUUUGUUAUAUUUAUAUUCUAAGUGAUAUGUGAAAUAAAUAUUGCUUGCUUUUUUAUAUAUGAAAGAAAAUAUAUAUACGAGUGGGUCAGUUCUUGUAAACACAAGUCUUGUUUGACAUUUAUUUAUGUGUUAUAUGUGGUUUUGGUUCAGUUUAUAAAUGGGCAAGACUAAUCUGGUAGUAAUCUCAGCUUACAUGGAAAAUGCAAUUGCAGGCAUUUUUAGGGUGUCUUUUUAGCUUUAUGGCACAUUUAUUUUGAUUUUUUUUUAAAGUGGUCGUUAGGAAUGCCAUCCAGUUCUGCUGAAUUCAUUCUGCGUUGAAAUGGUUUAUUAAUUAAGCAGAAAUAGUGAUGGCCUGCUGUAGGGUAAAACAAGAAUCCAGCUGUCGGUCCUGCUGGUUGGAGACGGUGAGAAGGGAGAAGUGUGGAGCUUAGGGUGUGUCUCCCUGAGGCACUGCUGUCUUGGGCCGGCACACCACUUGCCAUUUUUAGAGUACUGAGGUUUCCACUCUAUCACUCUGCUCUGCAAGCUCCAAUUACACACUGUUGCCUCAUGUGCCUUUGCAGGACGCACACUGAGAUACAGCUCACCAUGAUAUGCUGAUUAGACAGGUUGGCUGCUGAACAGCUGCACUGAGAUUUAAACAAAGUAGCGUGUUAAAAAAUGCUGAACAGGUUUGUGGUUAAGAGCUAUUGCUACGUGUAC